GUGACGACAAGAAAAGUUAUACACUAUCACCACUUGGAGAAUGGCUGUUCACCAAUAACGUUGGGUUACCAUCAGUCAUUAUGACAACAUUUUCAUGUUUAACUUUCCGUGACUCACUAUUAGCACUGAGGUCGAUCGCAAUUUGUAAAGCAUUGUCAGAAAAG